AUGGCGAACCGGCGCAGGAUCAAGCAGCAACCGCAGCGGCCCAAGCCAAAGCCCCUGCUAGAACUGCGGACGGGCGGCAGCUCCUCCUCGAGCAAGGCGCGUCACGGGCCGCCCCCGUCGAAGAAGCAGAAGACGAAGCAGGCCCAGCAACGGCAACGGCAACAAGCUCAGCACGAGAGGCCCAUCAUCCCGUUCGAGCCCGAGGACCGGAUAUUGCUCGUGGGUGAAGGCGAUUUGAGCUUUGCGGCGAGCAUCGUUGCGCAUCAUGGGUGCGUCAACGUGACUGCCACGGUGUUGGAGAGGGAUCAUGCCGAGCUGGUUGCCAAGUACCCGACUGUCGACGAGAAUAUUGCUGUGAUAAUGGGUACGGAAGUGGAAGCAAAGAAGAAGGAGGAGCGGCAAGGGAAAGAGGGAGAGGUGGAUGACGCCGAGGAAGACGACAAGGACCAAAGCGACGCUUCGAGCGGCCGGGAGGAAGAAGAUAACGAAGCCGAAGACGCAGAGGGAGACGACCAGGAACAAGAUGACGACGACGAAGAAGCUUACCCAACCGACGACGAGGACUACGAAGACGCCGCCCCAAAACGCAAACCCUCCCUCCCCAAGAACAACAAGCUCCUCUACAACGUCGACGCCACCAAGCUCACGCCCGCCCUCCUCCGCCCCCCUCACUUCCAGCACAUCCUCUUCAACUUCCCCCACGUCGGCGGCAAGUCCACCGACACGAACCGCCAGGUGCGCCACAACCAGUCCCUGCUCGUCGCCUUCUUCGAGCGCGCCACCCCGGCCCUCGCCCCCGGCGGCUCCCUCGUCGUCACCCUCUUCGAGGGCGAGCCCUACACGCUGUGGAACGUCCGCGACCUGGCCCGCCACGCCGGCCUCGCCGUCGAGCGCAGCUUCCGCUUCCAGGCCGCCGCCUACCCGGGCUAUCGCCACGCGCGCACCUGCGGCGUCGUGCGCAGCCGCAAGGGGGAGGUUGGCGGCGGGUGGCGCGGCGAGGAUCGGCCUGCGAGGAGCUACGUCUUUAGGAGGAAGGGCGAGGUUCAGGCCGCGGCGGCGGGGACGGGGAAGAAGAGGAAGAAGGGCGACGAUUCCUCUGACGAUGAUGAUGACUGA